UUGUCAAUUGUCUCAAUUAUUAUCCAACAGUCUGAAGAAAUACAUCGCAAAAUAAUGUGAAACUCGACAGAACAAUGUUGAUUAAACUGUUGUGUGUUGUUGUAAUUGUUGGUGCGUGUGUUGGUGAAUAUGUUGGUGAUGACGAAUAUGUUGAUGCAGUGUUGGAUAUGCUGUUGAACGGCGUUAGUAAGGAGUUUGAGCAGUCCGAUGAAAAUGAUAGUGGAGAAGUACCAGUUUUGACUGGCGGUAUCUGGAAGUGUGGGAGAUGUGAUGACAUUGAUGAGACCAGGCUGAUAUACUCCGAAGUCAACGAAGUGGAUGCUGAUACAUUGACUGAUGAAUCGCUUGACAUACAGAUAGGCCUAUCCCUCCCCGAUAUGAAGUGCGUGACAGUGAACUCAGAUGUGGCGGGCGUCGUGCGUCGAGUCGCGGGCGCAUGUAGUGGGGAGUCUGUCACGCUCAGCGUGGCGCCGGCGCAGCAUUUCACUGUACAAGUUUAUAGUUAGAAAACGGAAUGAUCACAGGACGACUUUUGCUGAAUAUAGAGUAUUGAUUGUAAAAAUAAUCGUUUGUAAGCUGAGCAUACCAAUGUGUGUGGGAUAGUUUGAUCUCCGUCCCAUUGGUGGCC